UGCGCUUAACGGAAGCCGUUGCAGGUCAAUUUAAGUCGGCGUGCUCAUUUGAACCAGUGAAACUGAAACGAAGCAGAAGACGAACGGCCCAGCACUGGUUAUAUCUCGUUCUAACCGAUAUUGAUGGAUUGGCAGCCAGAUGAGCAAGGACUCCAGCAGGUCCUCCAGCUACUCAAAGACUCCCAGUCGCCCAACACAGUGACACAAAGAGCUGUCCAACAAAAACUUGAGCAACUCAACCAGUUUCCUGAUUUCAACAAUUAUCUCAUCUUUGUCCUCACAAGACUCAAAACCGAAGAUGAGCCGACUCGCUCCUUAAGUGGUUUGAUACUGAAGAACAAUGUUAAGGCUCACUAUCAGAACUUCCCUUCGGGAGUUUCUGAUUUCAUCAAGCGGGAAUGCCUCAACAGCAUUGGUGAUCCGUCACCACUUAUUCGGGCCACCAUUGGUAUCCUCAUCACUACAAUCGCCUCCAAAGGAGAGCUCCAGUCAUGGCCGGAGCUCCUGCCACAGCUCUGCAACUUGCUCGACUCGGAGGACUAUAACACCUGUGAGGGCUCGUUCGGUGCGCUGCAGAAGAUCUGCGAGGACUCGUCGGAGCUGCUGGACAGCGACGCGCUGAACAGGCCCCUCAACGUUAUGAUACCUAAAUUUCUUCAGUUCUUCAAGCAUUGCAGUCCAAAGAUUAGGUCCCAUGCCAUAGCCUGUGUGAACCAGUUCAUCAUUGGAAGAGCCCAGGCCCUCAUGGAAAACAUUGACACCUUCAUAGAGAGUCUGUUUGUGCUGGCAGCAGACGAAGACUCUGAGGUCCGUAAAAACAUCUGCAGAGCCCUGGUCAUGUUGCUGGAGGUCCGCAUUGACCGUCUAAUCCCCCAAAUGCACAGCAUUAUACAGUAUAUGCUGCAGCGAACUCAGGAUCCCGAUGAGAAUGUGGCUCUGGAAGCCUGUGAGUUCUGGUUGACCUUAGCGGAGCAGCCCAUUUGUAAGGAGGCGCUGUCCGGACACCUGGUGCAGCUGAUUCCUGUUUUAGUAAACGGCAUGAAGUACUCUGAAAUCGACAUCAUACUGUUGAAGGGUGAUGUGGAAGAAGACGAGGCGGUGCCCGACAGCGAGCAGGACAUCAAGCCCCGCUUCCACAAGUCACGCACGGUCACCCUGCAACAUGAAGGAGGGGAGGGAGAGGAGGAUGAAGACAUUGAAGAUGAUGAUGAGGACGAUGAUGAUGAUGCACUUACAGACUGGAACCUACGCAAGUGUUCGGCUGCAGCACUCGACGUUCUGGCUAACGUGUUCCGCGAUGAGCUGCUCCCCCACCUCCUGCCGCUGCUCAAAGGGUUGCUCUUCCAUCCAGACUGGGUCGUGAAGGAGUCUGGUAUUUUGGUGCUUGGAGCCAUAGCUGAAGGUUGCAUGCAGGGCAUGGUGCCCUACCUGCCAGAGCUCAUCCCCCACCUCAUCCAGAGUCUGAGUGACAAGAAGGCCCUGGUGCGCUCCAUCGCUUGCUGGACUUUGAGUCGCUACGCGCAUUGGGUGGUGUCCCAGCCCCCUGACUCCUACCUCAAACCGCUGAUGACGGAGCUUCUGAAACGCAUCUUGGACAGCAACAAGAGAGUCCAGGAGGCUGCCUGCAGCUCCUUUGCCACCUUGGAGGAGGAAGCAUGCACAGAACUGGUUCCUUACCUGAGCUUCAUCCUGGACACUCUGGUUUUUGCCUUUGGAAAGUACCAGCACAAGAAUCUCCUCAUCCUCUAUGAUGCCAUUGGGACUCUUGCGGAUUCAGUGGGUCACCAUCUCAACCAAGCUGAGUACAUUCAGAAGCUGAUGCCUCCUUUAAUAGCCAAGUGGAAUCUGCUGAAAGAUGAAGACAAGGAUCUCUUUCCACUUUUAGAGUGUCUGUCGUCUGUAGCCACAGCCCUGCAGAGUGGCUUUCUGCCGUAUUGCGAGCCGGUUUAUCAGCGCUGUGUCACUUUAGUUCAGAAGACGCUUGCUCAGGCUAUGAUGUAUAACCAGCAGCCAGACCAGUAUGAGGCUCCAGACAAGGACUUCAUGAUCGUUGCUUUGGACCUGCUGAGUGGGCUUGCAGAGGGGCUCGGUGGCCAUGUGGAGCAACUAGUGGCUCGCUCCAACAUAAUGACCCUGCUUUUUCAAUGCAUGCAGGACACAAUGCCUGAAGUGAGACAAAGCUCCUUUGCACUGCUGGGCGAUCUGACCAAGGCCUGCUUUCUUCAUGUGAAACCCUGCAUUGCUGAGUUUAUGCCCAUCCUGGGGCUAAACCUGAACCCAGAGUUUAUCUCUGUGUGUAACAAUGCCACCUGGGCCAUCGGGGAGAUCUCUAUGCAGAUGGGUGCAGAGAUGCAGCCUUACGUUAGUAUGGUGCUGCCUCACCUGGUGGAGAUCAUUAACAGACCCAACACCCCAAAGACUCUGCUGGAAAACACAGCCAUUACAAUCGGCCGACUCGGCUUCGUCUGCCCUCAGGAAGUGGCACCACAGCUGCAGCAUUUCAUCAGACCAUGGUGCACGUCUUUGAGGAAUAUUAGAGAUAACGAGGAGAAGGACUCUGCUUUUCGGGGAAUCUGUGUUAUGAUUGGUGUCAAUCCUGCAGGUGUGGUGCAGGACUUUAUUUUCUUCUGUGAUGCUGUGGCCUCAUGGGUCAACCCAAAGGAUGACCUGCGAGAUAUGUUUUAUAAGAUCCUGCAUGGCUUCAAGGACCAGGUGGGAGAGGAGAACUGGCAGCAGUUCUCAGAGCAGUUCCCCCCUCUGUUAAAGGAGCGACUAUCAACCUGCUAUGGUGUCUAAUCCAACCCUUGCUCCACUGACCUGUCAAGUUCAUGAAGGGGGAGGGUAACAGGGGAACUCACUGCACUGCCCAAAUCAUGGGGAGAAAUUCGAGCCGGAGGGAUGUGACUGGCCCCCGAUUCUCCAGUCUGCGGACGGCCUCCUUUUCCCCUGCGCCCAGUUUGUCUCUGAGGGAGGGUGGGAUGAGGGCGGUAGUUAAGGGGGGGUUAAUACAGGGAUAUUUACGUAUACCUCUCUAAUAAAUGCCUCACUGCUAGAAACUCAAAAGUGACUUUUGCCAACUAAAAUCCAGGGAUCUUAGGUAGGCGGGGGUGGGGCAGAGUUUAGACCUCCGUCUCCACGAUUGGGUUGUUCAUACCAGUUAGUGAAGUCUGGAUGGGGAGGGGUUGGGCUGAUGGGUACAAAAUAAUAAUUAUCCAAACCAGCAAAAUACAAAGCAUGUAGAAAGCUCACAUGUAGCUGUUUUAAACAGUAAAAGGAUCCUUUUACCUCGCACCUUUUUCCCGGCACACGCAAGUCUUUGUUCAUAUGUACGUUUAGUCGGAAUUCUGAAUUUCCUUACAAACCGUAGGACUUUUAUUUCUUUCCCGUCAACAAAAGCCGUAAAGGUUUAAGCCAUCCCAGGUCCAUGAAACUAUACUGCAUAUAAUCUAGGCUUAAGUUGCAUGUUUAUGUGAAUGUCUUUAUUUAUAGCAUUAAUCAUCAGUUUUCAGUCUAAUGCUUGGUUCAAGUUUCCCCUGCAAUCAUUCCCAUCCCUCCCACCCCCCAUUAGUUUUAACUAAGGUUGUUUGUGUUCAGACAGACUAUAGAUAAGUUGAGGAAUAAACUACUGUUUGAUGGUUAAUGCAGCAACUUAAUAAAACUGUAAGCAGAUCAAGAAUUAACUUUGCUGCUGUGGCUUCGUUGUCGUGAUAUUUAGGAAAUGUCAUCAAGGAUGAAUUCUUACUGGUAUAGAUGCACUUUUUCUCCUGAGAAAAUAGAAUUUCUAAUGGAAGACGUACGGUAAUAAUAUACUGAAUUUGUUAAGCCUGUUUUGGAUAAGUGAUCUUUUUAGGACUGCUGUAAGCAAAACGAUAACGAAAAUUUAACACUCAAGAGGGGCUAUAGGUUUAUAAUGCAACAACGAAAAGGGGAUGAAUAGGAUUUUAGGAAGAAGGCAGUACUCAUCAGAAAACGUUUCCUUGUCCGAGUUGAAGGGGGUAGAAAUGCACCAAUCAGGUUUCAUUGCCAUUAUUUUUUAAUAAAGCUUUGAGCAGCGGCAAUUUUGGUGGAUUUUGGUUUAUAAAAUAUUUGUGUUUCACAGAUACAAGUGUUUUGUAUUUGGAUAGUCAUGCCAUAUAUGUGCAAUUAUCAACAGUCGCUGUACAAUAUAGAUUUCCUGUUAAACCAGAAUAUCAUAUAGGAGCGUUAAGCUUAACUAAAGCAACAGUCUGCUUUAGUAUUUCCUAAAGAAAUAUAGAUCCUUAAGGCGUUGAUGGGAGCUGUUGUGCUUCUAUUUGUACAGUUUCUAACUCUGGUCACUAAGAUAUGAAGUUUUCAUGGAAACCUCCCAUGGGGUUAUAAUGUGCUGGUUUAUAUCCCCCCUCCAUUAAAGGAAAAGAGAAUAAAAUGUUUUAUCUUUGAAUAUUAAUCCAGUUUGGUUCUUUGUGGUUCUUUAAUGAGUAAUUAUCCACACUGCAAUGGCAGAUUUCUCUCUGCUGCAUUUGCUUAAAUAGCUUUUUUUUUUUUUUUUUUUGUUCUGCUCUGGUUUAUUUGAUACACUUUACAGAAGAGUAGUCUAGGAAGCAAAAAUAAUACAUCUUGAUACUGAUUUGUAAACAUUUACAAAUCCACUGUUGGAGGUUUUAGCCCUGGAAGGAUCUGAAAGAAAUGAAAUCAGAGGAAGCUCUCAUUCUAAUUCCCUUAUUAAUCUCUUACUGUUAAAAGCAUCUUGCAAGAAGGGUGUUGCAAAUGUUCACUGACCAGAUAUUCCAAUUAUUUUUCUCGGCACGUCUCUAAUCACAGUUUAUUAAAUUGGAUUUGCCAUUAAUUUAAAGGGGUUUAUCUGCUUUCUGCUGUACUUUGGUUAUCCAGCUUCUGAAACUCGUGAAUAAUGUUGCCAUGCCCCGUUGAUACUGUUUAGGUUAUGUCUGGGAUUAUUGGGAGUGAAUUUAGUUUUGAUUACACUGGUUACCUUAUCUAUGGGAGUGUUGGUGUGUUUCGGUUUAGCUUUUAAGUUCUUGUCUAUAGUUGAUUAAAACGGAAGUGUGUGUGUGUCGACCUUUGCCUGUUUGUGACGUUGACAGAAGUACUUCCUAGACAUAAUUUUCUGCAAGCCCUAUUUGAAAUUAUUCUAGGGAAUACAAGCUGAUUCACGCCUGCCUCAUGUAGCGCUCUGUUUGUUUGCCAGCCAAUAAGUAAUUCUGUUUUUCAAUGUGCAUGGACUUGAAAAGCUAAAGAUGAAGGCGUUUUCGGAAAGAAAACUUUAAAAAGCAAAUUCUAUUCCUGCCUAAUUAAACCAAUGUAACCCUUUUUGGAUUAUGCAUUAUAUAGGUUAAUGUGAUUCAUUUUUUUCCAUAAAUGUGAUGACUUUUUAUUUAUUUUCUUUUUUAAUUGCUGAUAGUGUUUUUGAAAACCUGAAACCACUUUCAGAAGCACCGCAGUGAGACCAUGGCUCAUUUUUUAGAUGUACCGUAAAAGGAAGUGAUGGCCGGGGCUCACAGGUCAAAUAUUCCCAGGAUUCAAUGCAAUGAUGCAUUUGGCUUGAUAAAAUAAAAAUAAAGUAACUUAUCACGUUCAACAAUAGCAAUAUGCACAAAAUGUCUUCAAUGCAAGUUUUUUCUUUCUUUUUUUUUUUUUCCAUUAAGGCUCAUUGCAUUUUUUUAUCUAUUUAUUUUACUUUUGGUUUUCUAUAUUGUGCAGUGGUGCACAAUUUUUGUUUUGGACUUUAAAAGUUUUUUUCUUUUUAUUCUUUUUAUUUAAAGAGCGGUUUUGUUUUACAGCUUCUCAUCUGAUUAUGUUAAACUUGAUGUGGGCUGAUGGCAAGUCGAUGCUGGGAGACUAUUUGAGGAGGAAAAUGGAAAGCAGAUCUUUUCUAUAAAGCUGGCAAAAGAAUUGAAUAAUUUCUUCUAGCUGAAUUGUGGUGUAGAUAGGAUUUAAUCUAAUAUUUGUAAAAGUGGGGAAGGUAUUUUCCUAAAGAGCUUUGAGUCUGCUAAAAGUUUUGUACCGUAAAUGAUGCAUGUAUAGAACAAUCAUUGUAUUGAGAGUAACAUAGCUAUGUUUGGAUUAUGUGCCACUGCACCUGAUAUUUGGAAUAAAUGCCAUUCUCAGCGGAUACUUAGGAUGUUUGUUCUUUUUUCCUUUGGCUAUUAAAUUUCUACAAAAUAAAACCUAAAUGAACAUCCA